UAAAGGGUGCGCCAGUUUGAAAUCGGUCUCUUGAGGAAAGACUGUGAGAGUAGGCGUGUGAUCUCGUGUAACGUUGGUGAUAGUACACGCUGACGUGACACUUGAAAGAUGACGUUAAACAAACGUCCAGCGGCGAUGUCAGGCCGUGCUCAGGAGAUCCAGCAGGCCCUGGAGGAGCGCAUCCUGGUCAUCGAUGGAGCCAUGGGAACCAUGAUUCAGCGGCACAAACUCGAGGAGGAGGACUACAGAGGAGAAGAGUUCAAGGACCACUCCUGCUGUCUCAAGGGCAACAAUGACCUGCUCUCUCUCACGAGACCACAGAUUAUCCUAGGAAUUCAUAAGGAAUACUUGGAAGCAGGUGCUGACAUUAUUGAGACAAACACCUUUAGUGGCACAAAAGUAGCUCAGGCUGAUUAUAAGUUAGAACACAUCCUUCUUCAGUUAAAUUGGAGUAGCCGCCCAGCAAGAGGCAGAGAUGAGGGGAAAGAGCUACGGGAAAACAGCGUAUUUGCUGGUGCUUUGGGCCCAACCAAUAGGACCUGGGCAAUAUCACCAUCUGUUGAGAGGCCUGACUUCAGGAACAUAACCUUUGAUGAAUUGGUCCAGGCAUACUCAGAACAAGCCAAGGGACUGUUGGAUGGAGGAGUCGACAUCCUGUUAGUCGAAACCGUUUUUGAUACUGCGAAUGCAAGAGCUGCUCUCUUUGGCAUUCAGUCUUUGUUUGAGACAGAGUAUGAUCCUGUACCUGUUUUUGUAAGUUAUAUAUAUACUUAUUUAUUUUUUCUUGAGUGCAUGCUUUUCCCAGAAUAUAAAGAAUAUGGGCCCAAGCCCCUAGUGCUCUUUCUGUUUACAAAUAAUUUGAACUUUGCUCACUUUGUUGACAAAUUAAUGGCCUGCAUCCUCACCUAUGGACCUCAAUUUUUAUCUUAUAUUUUAGGUGAAAGGUGCAAUGUUGCAGGUUCCAGGAAGUUCUGCAGACUGAUUAAGAAUAACCAAUAUGAAGAAGCACUUGCAAUUGCUAAAGCACAGGUCGAAAAUGGUGCCCAGGUGUUGGACAUCAACAUGGAUGAAGGUUUGUUAGACGGCAAAGCUGCCAUGUCUCGCUUCCUUAACCUUAUUGCCACAGAGCCUGACAUCUGUAAGGUCCCUAUGUGUAUCGACUCUUCCAACUUUGAAGUGAUUGAAGCAGGCCUCAAAGUGAUUCAGGGGAAAUGUAUAGUAAACUCUAUCUCACUUAAGGAAGGAGAGGAGGACUUCCUUCAGAAAGCUAGAAUCAUAAAAAAGCAUGGGGCUGCAGUGGUUGUCAUGGCUUUUGAUGAAACAGGGCAGGCUGUGGAUAUAGAAAAUAAAGUGAGUAUAUGCCAACGCUCCUAUAAACUUUUGACAGAUAAAGUUGGAUUUGACCCAAAUGAUAUUAUUUUUGAUCCCAACAUUCUCACUGUUGCAACUGGCAUAGAGGAACACAGUGUUUAUGGCAUCAACUUCAUUAAGGCUACAGAAUUAAUCAAGAGCACCUGCCCAGGUGCAAGAGUGAGUGGUGGUGUUAGCAAUUUCUCCUUUUCAUUCCGAGGGAAGGACACUAUCCGUGAAGCAAUGCACUCAGUGUUUCUCUACCAUGCUAUUGCAGCAGGCAUGGAUAUGGGUAUUGUAAAUGCGGGUUGCCUGCCUCUCUAUGAUGACAUCAACAAAGAGCUCUUACAGUUGUGUGAGGUUAUAUUGUGGAAUUUAGACCCUAGUGGUACAGAAAAGUUGUUAACCUAUGCAGAAAAGUCUUCGGAACAGGCCAAAGUUGGAACAGUCACUGAUGACUGGCGGACAAAAUCAAUUGAGGAGAGAUUACAGCAUUCUUUAGUGAAAGGUAUUGAUAAGUACAUUGAAUUAGAUACAGAGGAAGCAAGACAAUGUAAGGACAAAUACCCAAGGCCCCUGAAUGUCAUUGAAGGUCCACUCAUGAGUGGAAUGAGUAUAGUUGGAGAAUUGUUUGGCAUUGGAAAAAUGUUCCUUCCCCAAGUCAUCAAGUCUGCCCGAGUGAUGAAGAAAGCUGUUGCAUACUUAAUCCCAUUCAUGGAAGAGGAGCGUGCUGCCCAGCUAGUGGACAGUGAUGAACUUUCUGACAAUGACAGGUACAAUGGCACCAUUGUCCUUGCUACAGUUAAGGGUGAUGUCCAUGACAUUGGAAAAAAUAUUGUUGGUGUCGUUCUAGGCUGCAAUAAUUACCGUGUGGUUGACUUGGGGGUUAUGUGUCCGUGUGACAAGAUUCUUGAGGCAGUAAUUGCAGAGAAAGCAGACAUAUUGGGGUUGUCAGGGUUGAUCACUCCCUCUCUUGAUGAAAUGAUCUUUGUUGCUCGGGAGAUGGAAAGAUUGGGCUUGCAGAUACCAUUACUUAUUGGUGGAGCAACAACUUCAAGAGCUCACACUGCAGUAAAAAUUGCACCAAGGUAUAAACACCCAGUAGUGCAUGUGUUAGAUGCUUCCAAGAGUGUAGUUGUGUGUUCCUCCCUCCUGGACUCAAAUAAUUAUGAUGACUUUAUAGAUGACCUGAAGGAAGAUUAUGAAGCAAUAAGAGAAGAACACUAUGAUGGCCUCCAGGAGAAGAAGUAUGUCAGUUUGGAAGAAGCACAAAAAAGAAAGUUUGUCAUAGACUGGAAAAAUGAGUUAUCACCAGUCGUACCAAAGUUCUUGAACACGAAGGUCUUCAGGAACUAUGAUCUGAGCCUCCUGACACAAUACAUUGACUGGAAGCCCUUCUUUGAUGUCUGGCAGUUAAGGGGGAAAUAUCCCAACAGAGGAUACCCAAAGAUUUUCAAGGAUGAAACUGUAGGAGCAGAAGCAAAACGCGUAUAUGACGAUGCUCAAAAGCUUCUCAAAAACAUAAUAGCAGAGGGCUCCUUAGUUGCUCAUGGCAUUGUAGGCUUUUAUCCUGCUAACAGUGUUGGAGAUGACAUAGAAAUCUACAGUGACGAAUCAAGAUCGCAGGUUCUUGCAAAAUUAUAUGGUCUUAGACAGCAGGCUGAAAAAGAAAGUCAUGACCCAUUUUGCUGUAUAUCAGACUUCAUUGCUCCGAAGGAAACGGGAGUAAAGGAUUAUAUUGGCAUGUUUGCUGUAACAGCAGGCUUUGGCACCGAUGAACUGUGCAAACGAUUCCAGGCAGACUUUGAUGAUUAUAAUGUUAUCUUGGUCAAGGCCAUCGCUGAUAGGCUGGCAGAAGCCUUUGCGGAAGAACUCCAUGAGAGAGUCAGGAAAGACUUAUGGGGUUAUGCUAGUGAUGAGUAUCUGGAAGCAAAUGAUCUACACAGAAUCAAAUAUCAGGGCAUCAGACCUGCCCCUGGAUACCCCAGCCAGCCAGACCACCAAGAGAAGCAGACAAUGUGGAGUCUCAUGGGAGUUGAAGAAGCAACAGGUAUUGGGCUCACAGAAGCUCUCGCCAUGACUCCUGCUGCGUCAGUAUCCGGUCUGUACUUCGCCAACCCCAAGAGCCACUACUUUUCCGUUGGCAAAGUGGAGAAAGACCAGGUGAUGGAUUAUGCAAAGCGCCGUGGGACGGAUGUCCAAGUUGUAGAGAAGUGGUUGGGCACAAAUCUGUCUUAUGAUGUGGUUGAAGAAUAAGAUGACUGAAAUCAGAAAAAGAAGAAGAAGAAGAAAACACGCAAUUUUAUAAAACGUAUAUAUUCCAUAUUUUUUUCUUUGUAU